UACAGGAUACAAAUAUUCGGUCACCUAGGAUGGAUUCUAGUAUGUGGAGGAUUGCAUAGCCUGGGGUGUGAGGAGGAUAAAUCAAGAUAUUUUUCUACAGGGUGUUCCACUAAACAACAGGCAAUACCGCUGAUUAGUAAAUUUCUGAGCAGAGACAUUGUAACAGUUUCAUCUAUUUCCACCAAUUCUCCACAAGAUGCCCCUGCCCUAACCUUCUGUGUUAAAGACAGUUACAAAGAUUUGCCCCUGGCAGCUGUCGAUGGUUCAUUCAUUGAUAUCUGUAAUAGUUCAACGGUAGAGGAGGUGAACGAAUGCUAUAAAAAAUACACCUACAAAAACACAGACUUCAUUAAGGCUGUAAACGUUGGAUUUAUUAAAAAUACUCCUUUUUUGAAUGAUCAAUACUGGACUUCACAUUUUCAAACUGUACGGUUAGGCAGAUGCCAUACAGUUCAAAUCCCGGUUCAGUUGGGAGCAAACAUGGUUAGAGAUGCUGUGUUUGCUCUGCUGGAUGCUGAAACUGAUUUGACAUACACCAUGUAUAUUCAUGAUCCAAACUAUCUCCUCAUGGCUGGCAACCCUUUGGUCUUCAGCAGAAUCUACAUUGUUCACAGUAAACUGAAGUCUUCUGGAAGAAAUGGAUCUGCUGAAUAUUUCUAUUUAACAGCUCAUAAACAUGAGAAACUAGAAUUUGAUCCCCUCGGCAGGAAGAAGUGUACUCUGACUCCAAACUACAACUAUAUGGCUUGCAUAGAAGAAUACGGGGCUCGUACUAUUGGAUGUCACCCAAGCUGGGAUAGUAAUUUCGGGGACUAUCCCAAUUGCACUACAUUGGAACAGUUAAGGAAGCAUAAUGACCUUUAUCAAAUAUACUACAACGAGGACAAAAAUACCAUCGAAUCUCUUACUGGAUGCCUUGAACCCUGCAAUUACUUUGAGUAUAAGAUAGUGGGAGACAAGCAGAGUUUUAUUUUCCCCGAUCCGACUUCAUUCAUGAUAGGGUUUAAUUUUGUAUCAACUUCCUAUCAAAUACUGAAGGAGGAGCCUCUAUAUCCGCUUGAUUCCUUUGUUGGUGAGUUUGGAGGAGCUUUUGGAUUAUUCCUGGGAGCUUCUUUUCUCAGUUUCUGGGAUUUACUCGAGUAUCUGGUGACCAAAAUUUCAAAGCUCGGAAAACUGAAAUAAUUGGUUUCUGAUUAAUGUGUUGGAUAGAAUAUGGAGAAAUAAUGUAGAUAACAGUAACUGGACAAAAAAUAGCCAUUGUUUUUGCCUGUAACUAUUUUGCAUAAUACAACCAUAAUCAUAAACCCGGUAUGACAUGGUUCAAUGGACCAAAAAAAUUCCAGAAGAAAUUCUGUGUCCUAAACAUAUUUAGGCAUAUAAGUUAAAUAAAUUACAAUUUUACUAUUAAUCAAAAAAACAAAAAACAAAAAACCAGCAACAUAUUUUGUCCUAUGAGUGUAUUCUAAAAUUUAAACUUAAAUUUUCCUUAAUAAUUGACAAGGUAUGAAACAAAAUAAACUGCAGUAAUUUUCUUUGUUCAUGUUUUUGAUGUAAAGUUAAUCUUAAUUUGUAUAAAUAAAUUUUUAAAAAUUUAAACGUGUUUUUUAUGCAAGGUUACCCAUACAGGACGAGACAUAAGACCACAGGAAACUCUAAAAAUAUAACAAUCCCAAGUUAAAAAUA